AUAGCAUGAAAGUAGUAAAAAACUUAUCAAAUAAGAAAAUAAUAUCUGUUCAGCUAUUUAAAAGUCUUGGGUGCAAUUAAAAAUAUUUUAGAUUAAAUAUUAUUUAUUUUGUCUUUAAAAACUUCUGUAAGUGCGGUAUAAGACUCGAAUAUUCGGGAAAAACGUUUUCAUUUUUGUAAUUAUCUUCUAUUUAUAUCUAAAAUGAGUUUAAGUCGUUUGAGGAAUAUUGUGAAGUGUGAUGUGGUGAAAGCAUCUGCAUCUAGCGCGUUGGUGUCGAAACUUUUAGGACCUUGUAGUGAGAUAGUGAGUACAUGCACCAUUCAACGAAGGAAUGUCACACAGCAAAAUUCGAAGCCAGACUGGAACAGAGCAGUGAGCGAAGCCGAGAAGAUUGUGGGCUAUCCCACAUCAUUUUUAAGCCUCCGAUGGGUUUUAAGUGAUGAAAUUGCCAACGUUGCACUUCAUCUCCGCAAAUUAGUUGGGAGCAACCAUCCUUUGCUGAAAACUGCCAAAAACCUCAUUUAUAAUGGCAAGAAUAAUAUGCAAGCAUGGGGCCUUAUUGUCCUGCUUGUAUCUAAAGCGGCCGGUCACAGCCCUGAAAUACCUGAUAUGGAACAAGACAAAGCAGCUGGUGUAUUGUAUAGCCAACGGGCGCUCGCCGAAGUGACAGAGAUGAUACGUACCUCGCAUCUGGUCCACAAGGGCCUGGUGAACAUGAACUCGCGGCAGCUGACCGCGGCCGAGCCGGGCGAUAUGAUGUUCGGCAACAAGAUAGCCCUGCUGAGCGGCGAUUACUUGUUGGCGAAUUCUUGCACUGAGCUAGCCAACUUGAGGAACCAAGAGCUGGUGGAGCUGAUGUCUUCAGCGGUCAGAGAUCUUGCUGAAGCCGAGUUCCUAGGGGAAAGAGAUGAACAAAAUAAUCCUCUUCCAUCUCGGCCAGUUCCCGAAGCUAAUUGGGAGCCAGCAUCAGAGUGGGACUGCAUCUUGGACCCGUUGCCGAUGAGUGGGGUGGAGGGAUGUCUGCAGCGCGAGUGGGUGGCGCGUCAUGUGCUCGCGGCGGGAGCUCUUCUAGGCAAGAGUUGCUCCGCCGCCUUGAAGCUAGCAGGACACAACUCUGAAUUGCAGACGCAGGGUUAUCUGUUCGGUUGUCAUUUGGCCCUGGCGUGGCAGGCGUUCCUGGAUCUGGAAGCAUUCACUGGUCCCGAGCCAGCCAGUUUCUCUUUAGUGGGGGCUCCACUUGCCUUCACACUACAAGAGAAUCCGGAUCUUUACACGUACAUUGAGGCAGGUCGUCGUAGCGUGCACGACGUCGAUUAUCAUGCGUUGUACCGCGCGGUGGUGGAGGGCGCGGGCAUAGCGCGCACGGUGGCGCUGCAGCGCGCGCACGAGGCGGCGGCGCGGCGGCUGCUGGAGCGGCUGCCGGACGGAGACGCGCGCGCGGCGCUACACAACAUCAUCGGCGCUAUGCGACACGAUUUAUAAUGCAUCACCCUAUAGCAAGGUUAGUGUCAGGAUAACCUAUACAGUCCUGGCCAUGGUUCAGAAAGAGUACGAAUAUAGGUGACACUUACAGACAUUCAUGUCACAACUCUAGUAAAAUUUUAAUUAUGAAUUCUCCAUAUUCAGAUUCAAUAACCUGUGCCAUGUUGUGAUAAUUUUCUUUUUAAAUUUAAUUUAACAAAUAAGAUAUUGAGAUUUUUUUGAGAUUAUGUACAGAUCAUGACUUAUAAAAAAUAAAUAUCUCAGUUUAAAGCAUUUCAAACAUUAAGAAGAUAAGUGGAUUAAAUAUUAAAAUUCUAUUUUCUCAGGUCUUGGUUCAUCAAUGGUGCAAGCUAAUGUUGUUUACGGAAAUAACGUGAUAUAAAAAAGUUAUGAGAUAGCAAACAUCGCAUGUAUAUAUACAUUUCAUCACAAUUUAGAUCAAAUUAGUUUCUUUCAUUAUCUUUAGUAAAUAUUUUAUUUUCUUUAAUCAAAACGAGACUGUUAUAAUCAUAAAAGUGAAAUGUACUUUUUUUCUUUAAGAAUAUACAGUACUUAUACUAAUUUUAAAAUAAAUGAAAUUGAAAAUAUUACUUAUAUAUGUAUAGAUAGACAAUAUAAAAUUGAAUUAUUUUAAUAUAAAAAUACACCGUUAUAGUUAUAAGUAUAUAACAUAAAAAAUUACUGUCUAUUUUUAUAAAUCUCUAUCUAUAUUUAUAAUAUUACCGCAGAAUGCCUUGAGGGGAAAACAUUUUUGUCUAUAAUAAUUUUAUAUACACACUAUGUAGAGUGAGACAACAUCACUUCUGAUUUUAAAAACGUCGUUUUAUUUUGACAUAAAACAUAAUUUAAGACUGAUAACGAUUUCUUUUUAUUAAUACUCGGUUAUAAUAUGCAUAUAAUAUUUUAUAUGUUAAAAUUUGCGUUAUAUCAUUUUUGAUAAAUGUAUACAUGUAUGUAAAUAUUUUUGUACAAAUAUUAUAUCAACUUAUUAUGAUUAAUUUAUGUUAUAACCACAUGAAGGUAUUUUUAUACUUGAUAAUAAAUGAACCGUAUGUUUUAACACAUUUUUUUUUGUUUUAUUGAAGAAUAUUCAACUUUGAGGCAUGAUUCAACAGAAAGUAAACAACAAAAGAAAAAAGAAUAAAAAAUAAAUAAAAAAGAUGUGUUUUUUUUUUGAGGUCGAGUGUGAGCCCAUUGUUAAUAAAAAAAAAACGAAUUACUGGAAAUCUCCAAC